AUGACGGCCGACGAUCGUGCUCCAGCGUACGGCACAGCCCCUGACAGCGAGAAAGAUGGAAUCACAGGUGGUAACCAUGUUGAACGUGUUGAGACGCUUGACCAUGACAUCUCCCUGGCCAAGGUGGAAGCGGACGCCAAGCUGGAUGAGUUUGGCGCUCGCAGCAAGACGAACCCAGCAGAGAUUGCCCUUGUGAAGAAGCUCGACCGCACCAUCUUGCCUCAACUCUGGAUCAUGUACUUUUUCAACUUCCUCGAUCGCAAUGCCCUGGUCAAUGCCAAACUCAAUACUUUGGACGAGGACCUGGGUCUCAAAGGCACACAGUACAACACUUUGAUCUCUAUUCUGUUUGUGGGCUACAUCGCAGGACAGAUUCCAUCGAACAUGAUUUUGAAUCGAGUCAGGCCUUCGUGGUACAUGGGCGGCUUCUGCAUGGCCUGGUCAAUAACGUGCCUCCUCACCUUCUUGGCGAAAGAUUUUGGAAGCAUGCUGGCGUGUCGCUUCAUGCUCGGUGUGACUGAAGCUCCCUUCUACCCGGGCGCUCUCUUCCUCUUAUCGCUUUUCUACACCAAGAAGGAAAUUGCAACUAGAAUGGCCAUCUUCUACACUGGCAACAUGAUUGCCUCGAGCUUCGCCGGCCUUGUAGCUGCCGGUGUAUUUGCUGGACUCGACGGUAAACAUGGCCUUGCUGGGUGGCGAUGGCUCUUCAUUAUCCAGGGUGCCUUGUCGAUCGGUGUCGCGGCUGCAUCCUUCUUCCUGCUCCCGGACCAUCCUCUGCAGACUCGCUGGCUCAGCGAGGCUGAAAGGCAGCUUGCCCACAGGCGCAUCGCCGCGGACACCACGCAGCGCGAGGAAGCAACCAGUGUGUGGGUCGGUCUCCGUCAGGCCCUGGCUGACUGGCGCACCUGGGUAUUCUGCCUGAUGUACAACACGCACAUCUCCUCUGUCAGCUUCCAGAGCUUCCUGCCGACCGUGGUCCGCACCCUCGGGUACAACACCACGACCACGCUCGCCCUUACCUGCCCACCAUAUCUCCUGGCUGCAGCCAUGGCGGUCUUCAUGUCUUACACGUCUGGGCGCUACAACGAGCGUACAUGGCACAUAACCAUCUGCAAAUGCAUCAUUAUUGUGGGGUUCAUCAUCCCCGCCGUGACAACAAACACCGCCGCCCGCUUCGUCGCUAUAUUCAUCUUCGUCACGUUCUCCUUCGGCAUCAACAACAUCAUGCUCGGCUGGACCAGUGUGACCCUGGGCCAGACGCCCGAGAAGAAAGCAGUCGCGCUCGCCCUCUGUAACUCGCUCGGUAACAUGUCGAGCAUCUACACGCCGUACCUGUGGCCUAGCUCGGAUAACCCGAGGUUCUUGAAGGCGUGGAUGGCGAGCAUCUCGUUCUCGGCGGUGGCGGUGAUGGCGGUGUGGGUCAUGAGACUCAGCCUGCAGCACAAGAACAGGAAGCUGAGGCAGACGGCCCCGGAGACCACAGUGUUCUAUGUUUAUUAG